CCCAACAAGCAGAACAAAGUGAAGGUAUCGAAGAAUAUGUAAGAAACAAUUUGUUAGCUGGGAGCUGGUAAUUCUAGUUGUAGCUGUUAGCUAAUGGCCUAUAGCUAACAGCUAUAGGCUAUUAGCAGUGAUGCCGGUAACGCGUUGCUUGGUAACGCGUUACUCUCAAUAUGACCACUUUUUCAGUAACGACUAAUCUAACGUGUUACUAUUUCCAUAACAGCAGUCAGAUUAAAGUUACUUGUCCAAACCACUGUGCGUUACUAUUUUUUUAAGCAAAAAGAUUUGGUUUCUUCUUUUCGUCUCGGCGGAUGACAAACGCAUACGUUUCGUGAAACGUCACAUAAGCGACAGGUCACAUUCCCCGCUCACAAGCAGCCAGCGACGUAAAAAAGUGUAAACAACAAUGGAGGGAGAGAGAUGUUCGUUCUUUAGCUGGAAAUAUGGUCACUAUUUUGAGUUUCUGUCAACUAAAGAUUUCAAUAUUAAGGUUCGUUGUACACUCUGUGUUGGCGAAAAAGUGUUAUCUACCUUCAAAAACACUACGUCAAACUUAAAGAAACAUUUGGAGUCGCAGCACGGCACAGUCAAACUCACAGAGAGAGUCCCACCAAGUGGUCCGAAGCAGAGAGCCGUGACUUCCGCAGAAGGUCCUACACCACCCAAACAACAAAAGUUGGACUUUGGUGCAAAACCAGUAAGUGAUGAAGAAUUGAAGAAGUUAUAUUGUAGAAGUAUAUUGUAGAAGAAAUGCUACCUAUAAACACUGUUGACUCGCCCUCAUUUCGUGCCAUAAUAAAAAAGAUCCCUACUUCUGUUAAUGCCGAGCUGCCUCACCGAACGACUUUUACUUCUUACUUGGAGAAGGAGUUUACAGAAAUGGAGAGAAAUUUGAAGGCCGCACUGAAUGAGAUUGACUUUGUUUCAACUACCGCAGAUAUUUGGACUGCUAACAACAGAAGCUAUAUGGGAGUAACGCUCCACUGGAUCAGUAGAACCACAUUAGAGCGCCACAAGGUUGCAUUAGCAUGUAGGGGAAUUCGUGGCAGACACAUGUAUGAUGUCAUUGGUGCAGAAAUCGAAAACAUUCACUCCUCUUAUGGAUUACUCAACAAAGUAGUUGCAACAGUUACUGAUAAUGGAUCCAACUUUGUUAAGGCGUUUCAAGUUUAUCAUACUGUCACGGAGUCCGAUGAUGAGACGGAGGAGGAAGAGUCCACCCCCAAAGACGAUGAUGUCACUUUUUCUGAUCUGUCAGAAAUCCUCUCGGCUGAGAAUGAAAGUGAUGGUCAGCUGUCUCUUCCCCCGCACCACAGGUGUGCUUCGCACACCAUCAACAUAAUUUGCACACGUGAUGUGGAGAAACAUUUAACAACCAAUGCAGAGAGCAGGGCUGUGUAUAGGAGCAGCACAGCAAAAUGCACAGCUCUUUGGACCAAAUCCAGUAGAUCUACACUUGCAUCAGAAACAGUGGAAGAAAUCAGCAAAAGAAAGCUCCUAAUACCAACGUCCACAAGGUGGAAUUCCUUUUUUGAUGCUGUAAAGAGAAUUGCAGAAAUCCCCACGGGUGAGCUGAAUACUCUGUGCACAAAGCUAGGACUGAAGUGCUUCAAAGAUCAAGAUUACCAGUUCCUGCAUGAGUACUGCAUGGCCAUGAAACCUCUGACUGCAGAACUGGACAUUUUACAAGACGACUGUCCAUAUGGAACUUUACUACCAACACUUGAAGUUCUGAUGCAGAAGACCCAGGCUGUGAAAGAUGACCUCUCCAGGAUGACUGCAGGCCUUCCAGAUGCCAUUGUACAGGCUAUUCAGACUCGUUUUGCCGGUGUGCUGGACGACAAAGAUGCCCUUCUCGCAGCUGCCAGUUGUCCAAAAUUCAAACUCCGAUGGCUGAGAGAUGCAGGAAGGAGGGAGCGAGUAAAACAGCUUCUGACAGCAGAGUGUUGCACCACUGCUCCUGUUGCAAAAAACCCUGCCAGUGUGCCCAGUGCUACUACAUCUAGCAGCCAAGGUGAGAUGGACUUUUUCACUUUUGAGGCAGAGCCAGAGGAGGAGACCUAUUCUGCAGAAAAAGAAGUCAUGGACUACCUGAUGUCAGGCUACGACCUUCAGAUUCUGCAUAAGUUUUCAAGCAUAAAGACAAUUUUAAAACACUCCAACCCCAUCAAGUGCUCCUGUGGAGCGACUUUUUAGUCUGGGAGGUUUGGUGCUCACGUCUAAAAGAAAUCGACUUUCUGACAAAAGGUUUGAGAAGCUUCUGUUAAUGAGGUACAACCACUGGUUUACUCGCUCCACUCUACUGUUUCCCCCAUAACAUGCGAUGACAACGUAUACUGAAAAAAAGAGAAUAGGGAAUCCAAUUUAAAUAACUAUUUACAAGUAAUUGAAUUAAGUUUUUCAAAGUCACUUAAUAAACUUAUAAAAGUUGUCAAGUUGAUUAAGUUAAAUCAAUUACUUGCAAGGAAGUAAGGCAAUUUAUUGAAGUUGGACCUGCAGUCUCUUUUUUUUCAUAAGAUUAGUCCAAAGUUACAAAAGCGGACAAUAGUGCUUACAUGUGGAUGGUAUAAAAAGUAUCUUAAGGGAAGUCAAGAAAGACUG